UGCCUUGCUCAAGGGCACUUUAGUCACACACCAUUGGUCCCCUAACCUUCAGCCCAUGAAUUUGCAUCAACUGAAGUACAAUGGCCGAGCCUCGUCCUGGUUGAACCACCUUCGUGAUCAUGGCAUCUCCCCUGCCAGGUGCUGCACUGGGGGAAGUUCAGAAGAGGGUUUAUGUGGAUUCUGCUUAUCCCAGCCUAGGAGGUGAUGCAACUGACCAUAAUGGACCAGUUCCUGGUCAGCGCCAUGGUCAGCAUCAUGUGAUUUUACGCCGUGUAAGCUGUUCUCGUUUAGUGCGCUGUGGAGGUUCUCUGAUUAAUCAAGACUGGGUCAUCACUGCCUCUCACUGUAACUGCAAGUCCUUGAGGGCAAUUGUGAACCCUCAUCCCGUCUUUGCGCAAAGAGAAGAGCGGAAAAUCGCUGAAAGACAUUUUUGUUGUGACAACGGAGAACUUCAUGAUCUCAUGUUACUGAAACUGAGAAAUAGUCAGCGUGGUCCAUUUCCCACCAUUCAGCUUCCUCCUCAACACUGCACUGCACCGCCUGUUGGCCAGUCAGUUCGCUUUUAUGGGUGGAUGAAUGCAACUCUCGGUCCACCAGAUCCUCAAUACGGAGGGCUGCGAAAGAUAAAUCGUUCCGAUGCACAUGGGCUUCGCUUUGGAGUCACCAGAGUUGUAGCGUGUCAGCCUGGAGCACCAAAUAACUGUGACCAAAUUCCGAAUAGCACCUUUGUCCCUGGUCAAUGUGUUUGUGCUCACCAUCCACUAAUUGCAGCCAGUAAAGGUGAUUCUGGUGGGAGUCUUGUCUGGCGUCCACCGAGAGUGCAGCAUGAUGUGCUGUAUGGAUUGUUUAGGUCUGGCUUUGAUUAUCUUAAUGAGGGUCCACUGGACUUCAAGAACAUCUGUAACCCACUGUAUAGGGACUGGAUCUUUCGCGUGACGAAUCUGUGACCACAGAGAUCGGUGUGAUAUGCACUGCUGUGUGAUGAUAAAGAGAUCUCAAAUAUCUCUAAGAGCAUAGACACGACUUU